UGCAUUUAUGAAUUAUGAAGAAGUUUUCCAAUAAAUUAUUUUCAUUCAAAAAAAAAAAAAAAUAUUUCCAACACAGCGACGUCGUUUGCUGUUGUUCCUCCAAUUAUUCCAUCAAGGGUUUCUGCUGCCGGCACUCCACAAAGACCCAAACCCAACUUUCCACCUUCAAUUAUCAAGUGAAUCGCAUCCUAGCUCAGCUUGAAAAUGGUGUCCUAUUUGUUUAGAAAAUAUUCAGAGUAUUUGUACACGAAAUGGGAAAGGACGAUUCUUUGGGACAUGGUUGAGCCAUACAGGAGACCAAGAUCAUUUACUCCGCUUGUCACAAUCUACAUCUGUGCAUUUUAUACCGGGGUCGUUGGUGCAGCCAUCACUGAGCAACUCUAUAAGGAGAAGUAUUGGGAGGAUCAUCCUGGUGAAAUGGUACCUUUUAUGAAACCGAUGUUUUAUGGUGGCCCUUGGAGAGUAAUGAGAGGUGAUGUUCCUCCAACUGGAAAAUUUGAGCUCUGAACCACUGUUAGUUAGUUCUUAGCUUUGUUUUGUUUCGAAAUUUUUGUGUAUAUGUUACACCUUCUCAUGUUUGUUGUUGCUUUGAAUGGCAAUAUUUAUAGAUAAUAAGCUCCACAACUACACAGCUUUGGAGCAUAGACUUUGUGGUUUUUUUUUUUUUAAUAAAAUUUAAAACUUGUUUUUAUGGUGGUAGAAAUAGUAUGUAUUUUUGUUUUGAGUUAAUAAAGGAAUGGACAAAUGUGGGGAACAUGUGUCAAUGUUUGAGAAAAUUUCUGGGAAUGAAAGACCAAAAGGGAGCAAUUCCCCUUCCCAAUCUCCCUUUCUUUCCCCCUCCCUCACCAUUUUCGUGAGGAAAUCAAAUCAAAUCAAAUCAGAAGUGGUUGGAAAUGACGACAACCUAUGGCACAAUCCCGACAUCAGACAAUGGAGCGGAAGCGAGAUCAGGCUUCCUCGCCACGCGGCGGCCAUGGAAGGAGAUGGUAAUCUCCUUCUCCACCCCGCGCACCCUUGCCAUGGCGUUCUCACGCCUCAAAGGAAACGUCUCCUAUUUCUACACCAACUAUGCCAUCCUCGUCCUCGUGGUGGUCUUCCUCAGCCUGCUAUGGGAGCCGGGGUCUCUCAUCGUCUUCACCUUCAUGAUGGCCGCGUGGCUCUACCUCUACUUCCUGCGCGACACGCCGCUCGUCGUUAAGGGCUACGCCGUGGACGAGCGCGUCGUCCUUGUCGUGCUGUCCAUCUUCACAACGGCCUUGCUGCUCACCACGGCCACCGCGAACGUGGUGGUGGCGCUGGCGCUCGGGACCGCCUCGGUGGUGGCGCACGGGGCGUUUGGUGCUGCUGAUAAUUCUGCGCCCAUUGACCAGGAGGAAGGCGGGGGCAAGGUGAAUUUGAUAGAAACUGCUUCUUCUGGCUUUUCUUCUUUUUGAUUGUAAUGAUUAAUGAAAUCAUUUGUUGCUGACACUAACUUUGCCAUUGGUGUAACUUAGUGCUGAUUGUAUUAUACAGUUUUUUUCUCCAUAAUUUUCAAA